AUGAUCAGCAGGAGGCACCACGCCGGUGAGUCGUCGCGUCGCUUCACCACGGUAUACACAUGCGUGACCAACGGUGGCAAAACCACUUUGACCAACCGGCUUAUCAAAGCUCUUCCAAACUGUUGUGUUGUCCAUCAGGAUGAUUUUUACAAGCCACAAGAUCAGAUAGAAGUCAGGGAAGACAACUUUAAACAGUGGGAUGGUAAGAGCAAUGGUCGCUGUAGGAAGCAACCGCUGAUUGACUUGUUCAAAAAACGCUACUAUCUGACAGUUCCCUGUGACCAAUGCAAGAGGAGAAGGCGCACACAACAUUAUCCUAUCCCUGGCCCACCUGGUCUUUUCAAUGGACAUGUGUGGCCCAUGCAUUUAAAAUACAGGAAGGAAAUGGAGACCCAUGAGGUUGAUGUUGUUUAUCUGGAUAGAUUGAAGUUCAGAUAUGAGCUGGACAAUCAGGUCUUCGAAGAGAUUCAGAACAUGCUUUUAAAUUGUUCAUAG